UCCAAUAGGUAGGUAGCUAUUCGUUUUUAUUUUAAAUUCGUAAUAUUAACCGAGCUGUGAGUGGUUACAGAGUUGUUAAUCAUGAUCUAAGCUACCAACGGACCCGUUACAAGCUUAGUCCGUGACCCUCAGGCGUCAUACGGUAAUUAUUAUAAAAUUGUUCGAUUUAAUUGUACGCCGUACGAAGUUUACAAUGACCAGUAGAUAAUAAUGUGUUGGUUGGGAUCAUCAGAUCGCAUUUGUUGCAUCAACUAUGAACUAACACUGCUAAUAAAUUACAACAAGGAACAAAUGAAGUGUCAACAAACCGUCCAGUGUCAACAUAGUACAGUGUUGCGAGUGCGAUAUCGCCACUAAAUGAUAACGUUAUUGUUAUAACUCGUAAGCUAAAUUUGCCGGGUAAUACUGUGCAAUAAUAUUAGAAGAGUUCAGUCUGUGAGAAUAAAUUCAAAUUUUUUUCUAAAAAGAAAUUUAUACCAACCAGUUUAUAAUAAUCAAAAGAAAAUGGAAAAGUUUAAGUUAGCAUCAAGAUACGAAUCUGGCAAAUUCAACGUUUGGAUUGAAUAUAACAAUUUGGCUAUGAUCACUAAGCCUUUGAAUUUAGGCCAAGGAUUUCCAGAUUAUGAACCACCAUCACGUUUUUCUAAUUUCUUAGCUGAAGUGGCCUUGGAAAAGAAUGUAUAUUUUCAUCAAUAUACACGUGGAUUGGGUCAUGUACGCUUGGUGAAUGCAUUGUCCAAACUAUAUUCAAACUUAAUUAACCGAGAAAUUGAUCCACUGAAUGAAAUAUUGAUUACAGUUGGAGCAUAUGAAGCACUUUUUUGUACUAUACAGAGUAAUUUAGAGGUUGGAGAUGAAGCAAUUAUUAUUGAACCAUUUUUCGAUUGCUAUGAACCAUUAAUACGUAUAGCUGGAGGAACUCCCAGAUUCAUUGCUCUAAAGAAUACUAAGCCUAACAGUUCAGUAUCACAUUCGAGCGAUUGGAAACUCGACCCUGAAGAACUAACAUCAUUAUUCAAUUCUAAAACUAAGUUAAUCAUUGUUAACACACCACAUAAUCCAUUGGGAAAAGUAUUUGAUUAUGACGAGUUAACAAUGAUUGCAGAUUUGGCCAAAAAACAUAAUGUACUAGUUAUUUCUGACGAGGUAUAUGAGUGGUUGGUGUACGAACCAGCUAAGCACAUAAGAAUGGCUUCACUUCCUGAUAUGUGGGAAAGAACAAUUACAAUUGGAUCUGCUGGAAAAACAUUUAGCAUGACUGGUUGGAAACUUGGAUGGGCAUAUGGUCCGGCUAACCUUAUAAAAAAUCUAGUUGUUGUUCAUCAGACUGCAAUUUAUACAUGUGCAACACCAGUUCAAGAAGCUAUUGCAAGAGGAUUUGAACAUGAAAUCAGUGUCCUUGAUACACCAGAAAGUUAUUUUCAAAAUUUAUGCAAAGAGUUAAAACCAAAAAUGAAUUUUCUUUCUAAUGUGUUAAAAGAAACUGGAUUCAAACCUAUUAUACCCGAUGGUGGAUACUUUUUAAUUUCCAAUUGGACAUCACUUGAAAAUAAAAUAGAUUUAAGCCAGGAAAUGGAUAAGUACAAGGACUUGCAGUUUACAAAAUGGCUUUCAAAAAAUGUCAAACUUCAAAGUAUACCAUUUUCAAUCUUUUAUUCCGAAAAAAAUAAAACAUUGGCCGAAGACUAUAUGCGUCUUUGUUUUUUUAAAAAAGAUGAAACAUUAAAGGAAGCUGAAAAAAUUUUAACUGCAUGGACAAGCAAAUUAUCCUAAAACCCUGAUAACUUACUAAGCCUUAAAAUUAUUUGUGGCAAUGAUUAAUCAUUUUUUAUACAAUGAUUAUUCUUGCAUAAAUUAUAUUCUAUACGUUAUCGUUUUAUAAAAUGAAUUAUACCUUAUAAAUGAAAAUGUAUUAUUAUAAAUUAAUUGAAAUUAUUCUAUACAUAUAUUUUAAAGUUUGUAUUAAAAAAAAAAAAAUAAUUAAACUUAAUGUUUACAUCUUUGAUAUUCAACAACACUGCUUUUAUUUUCUUCCAGCAUGUAAGAUAGAGGCACCAGUUAGUGUGUGAAGAUUCAAAAGUAAUAAAUACAAACAAUUAAUUAUUUAAAAACACUUGUCAAAUGCAAAUAUAUUUUGACAUUUUGAAUAAAAAUUAUGUUAAUCUUA